AUGGCCGGUGACCCCGCUGCAGUGCUACAGCAGCUACAUGGCCAGGUGUCGAGUUGGGAUGCGGUGCAGGACGAGCUUCUUCUGCGGGCACUGCAAUCCCUCAGAGACGGGAUCCUCAGGCGAGCCGAGAUGACGGAGGAGAGGCUACAAAAGACGGCCCGGCGUGCGGAGGCUGUGGGCCUGAAGCUACGCAUGGCCUCCUGCAGCCUGGAAGUCCUAGCACAGAGCCAGUUCCUGGAGCACAGAGUUGAGACCGAGGAGGACACCGUUCUGGAGGCCUCGGCAGAGGCUGUGGAGGACAUCUGGUCGAACUUAGACGUGGAGACCGCGCCCGAGGCUGAGAUCGAGGCAAUCCGGCAAGCCUUCAGUCUGGGUCAGGACUUCGUCCACAUGAAGGUAGACGAGGACUGGCCGGCCCUUCCCUUGGUGCUUGGAAGCGAGGCUUGGCAUAGCAGCUGGGAUGCUCCUCAGUCCGUGGCGGAUUUCCUGGCUGAAGACCCUCCGAGUCCUCCGCGUUUCGAGGAGCCUCAGCCUCAGGCCGAGGCUGCCCAGGAGGACGCCGAGCACGCCGAGCACGCCGAGCAGGCGGAGCAGGCGGAGCAAGAGGAGCACGAGGCACUGGAGAGCUCGCACCAUGACGGUGCAUUGCCGAAACCGGUUGCUGAGGAGGCACCUGACUUGGUGUCUUCCUUGAACGCACUCUUCGCCCGCAGAGGUGGUCCGCUCGAGGCCACCGAGCACCAGCGCUUCGAGAUGAGGCAGCUGCGAUGCGCUGCCCGAUGUUGGAGCGAGGUGGCCAGCGUAGAGCCGCUGCAUGGAUUUGCCAUGCCGGCCGUUGCGCACGUGGCGAUGCACUGGGGGAUGUACAGCGAGCGCGGGCUGCUUUACACCAAGAGCUUCGGAUCUCCCAGCGAUCUUGUGUGGAGUCACGAUCCAGAUAUGGAUCACGGAGACUUCGAUGGAAGCAGCGAAGGGGCGACCAUCGAUGCCUACACGGCUUACACGCUCUGGCGAGCCCUGCUCCAGCGGGUCUGCGACUGGCACGACACGCAGGGCAAAGAGAGCCCGUUCGGAUCGGGCUUGGAGGUCUGUCGCUUGAAGCUGGGAUCUGGGCGCGAGGAAGUGGAAGUCGAGGUCUCCCAACCUGCAUGUACGAUUCCUUGGCUAUUCCGGGGGCGUCCUGGAUCGGAUUCACACGCCGAGGCAUCUCGUGAGAGGCAACGUGAGCCCUUCCAAAGCUUGUGCCGAAAGGCCAUCGACAAUGGCCACGAUCGGCGCCGCGGAGCAGCUUCGGACGCGAAGCCAUUGCUGGACCUGUGCCCCUUUGGGCCCGGGUGUCAGGUGCAGCCGCUGCAUCGAUUUCAUCCAAAGCCUGAGCUGCAUGGCCAAAGAGAGCCCGAAGGAGAGGAUGCUGGUGGACCGGUCGGUGCCGGCGGUCCACCCCUUCCAGUUCCUGGUCCCAAGGCGAAAGGCAAGGGCAAAGGCAAAGGCAAGCCUGGUGGGAAGCCAUCUUCGAGGCCUACCGACAGCCUUUUCGACGACAGCGGCAGCUUACCUGUGCCAAGCUCACAGGCGGCCCAGACAUCCCCCGCGAAGAGUGGAACAUCCUCGCUGUUUGACGAGCCGGAGAUGCCUGCGCCGGUUGCCGCUCCGGCGAAGCCCGCGGAUCCGAAGGCGCUUUCGUUGAAGCCCAUGGCCUCGCUCUUUGACGAUGAGCCUGCUCCCCCAGCACAGAAGGCAUCGCCUGCGAAAAGUGGAGCAUCGUCGCUGUUUGACGAUGAUGCCCCAUCACCACCAGCGAAGGCUCCAUUGACCUUGAAAGCUGGGACAUCUUCUCUCUUCGAUGACGAGACCGCUUCCGGCGCUCCGCAGCCGAAGGCGCCGCUGACAUUGAAAAGUGGCAUGGCCUCGCUUUUCGAUGACGAUGAACCUGCAAAACGUCCAGCAGCAAAGACGAAGGUGUCGCCCUCCCCGAAGAAAGCGCCAGGGCCAUCGCUGUUUUCCGAGCAGCCUCCUGCGAAAGUCGCAGAGCAUGCAGAGCCAGCAUCGGCAAAGGCCAAGGCUGUGCCAAAAAGCGCAGCAUCACUCUUUGAUGAUGUUCCGCUACCGGUGCCAGCAAGUAAGAGCCGAGCGGUCACCGCAAAGGCACCGGUACCACGUGCUCACGAUCCGCUCUUCGAUGACGAGGUCGCGCCGAAAGCAGCUUCCCGAGCUGGUGCUCUGGGACCUCUGGGCACGAGCUCUGGCCAGCCGCCUCCCGCGCUGCCGAAGUCGGGCGGGGGCAUCUUUGACGAUGCGCAAGCUUCGACGACUGUACCGAAGCAGCCGAAAGCUGCUUCCCUCCUCUUUGAUGAUUCAGAUCCCUCUGCAAUCAGGAGUUCCGACGAUCCCCCGCAGGUUUCGGGGAAAGGCGUUGGCCUACUGGCAGCAGUGACCGAGCCGCUUCCUCGUAAAGCCUUGCCGGAGACCGACGAUUCCGAGCCGCCAAAGGCGCCUGCAAAGCUGCCGAAGGCCGUAGAGAGCCUGUUCGAGGAGCCAUCUUCGGACAACGCCGUGGGAUCCGCUGCCAUGCCUGCACCGGCUGCAUCUCGCGCUAAAGCCAGACCUGCUGCCGAGGCAUCUCUCUUCGGUGAUGAGCCGCAGGGUGGUGCGGGCACAACGUCCCUGUUUGGCAACAAGCCUCCGCCUACUCCGAUCCGGCCGGGACCUUCCGCAGCCAGCGCCGUGGCAGCUCUCUUCGAUGCGCCCACGUCGCCGAUUGCGACUACUGCGACUGCUGCGACUCCGGCUCCCUCCUCGACGACGCUGGCAGCCGCCGAGCCUUCGCAGAGCCCCGAGUCGGCGGGCGCUGGAGCCGAGCGACCCUCCCUGUUCGGAGGUGCAAGGAGCGUGAUGGCCUCCAUCUUCGACGACGAUGACAAGACCUCGGCGACAUCCUUCUUAGCUGCGAAGCCAGCAUCGGGCCAUCCGGCACGUGCGGGUCAACCCGUGGAGUCUGUGACACCCGGAGCUCCGAUGGCCGAAGGGUCGGGAACUGCCCAGACUUUCACAGCUGAAGCCGUGGAGCCGACCGUGUCGGCUGUGUCGAAGGCAGCUCCCGAAACGUCUGUGAAGUCGACAGCCGCUGGUCGUUUGGCUGCCCUCCGGCAACGGAUAUCCUCAGGCUCGUCGGGCUCGGACAGCGAUGCUGCAUGGGAGCCAGAACCGACAAAGCCAGCUGCAUCUGCUAAAUCUACGAGUCUCUUCGGGGCCCCUCCUGCAGUGUUAGACCCGUUCGAAAAGCCUUCCGAAGCUCCGGGGCCGGGCGGCUUCCCUGCCUCGGCUGCACCCAGAAAAGACAGCGAGCGGGAGUUCCCUGCGCCGGCAAAGGAGGACGUCAAAGAGGAAAGAGUGGAACCUGUAGAGAAGGCAGCCAUGAGUCUGCCAGAGCCCACGUCAGCAGAGAGAGCUUCUGGCAUCGAAAGCGAGCGGCCCGAGCCUCCCGAGCGGCCCAGUCUGUUCGGUGGAACAAAAGGUCCGAGUGGUCGAACAAUGAACAGUAUAUUUGAUGACGACGACGAUGACGAUUUCAUCAAGCCGGGCCCUUUGGCAAAGGCGGGGCUCGGAGCAUCGUCAGGGCCUCCUCGGAGCAGUCUGAGUUCCUUGUUUGGCGAGCCUGGGCCUGCUGGUCCGCCUUGGCCGUCGCCUGGGCCUCCCCUCCCGAUGCCUAGCAAGGCACCGCCGACAUCUGCAUCGAGUUUGGCUGAUCCUUUGCGAGCAAGCCAAGGCACGCUCAAGACGGUACAGCAAAAGGAGGAGGAGAAAGACCAAGAUGUGCAGAGUCCGCCAAACAAGGUGGACCCAUUGGGUGGUCUCCGAAUGAAGCCGUCCGCGCCGUGGCGCUCGGCCCGAAUGAGCGAGGAGGCGCCGAUCGCAGCUUUGGGGGCCAGCAGGGCCGCGGAGGUCUUGCAGCUCGUUGCAGCGGGGCGCUUCGAAGAGAUCCUCUCCGCAUGCGAGGAGCUGGAGCUCGCGCCGUUGUCGCUGGAUCCAAGCACUGCGCCGCCCUCACCUGAACAGGUGGAACAGCAGGGCCUCCUGUGCGCCGUGCACUUGCUGGCAUAUCUUUUAGAAGGCCAACUGGAUUCAGCACGAUUCCUUUGGAAGAGGACACCGGCAGCAGUGCAGCAGUAUCCCCAAGCUGCAGCUGCACACCGGGUUCUAGCCGCGCGAUGGCGGAGGCAAUACGCCGAAGCUUUCGCGCAGCUCCAGGCGGGUCCUCCUUGGGACAGCCGCUUGCAGCCGCUAGUGGCCGAGGUAGUCUCCAGAAGUCGAGAAGGACUUUUAGAGAAGAUCGGGAAGGCAUACAAGGUCGUGUCGCUGUCAUGCGUCGCCGCCAUGCUGGGCAUUGAUGCCGUUGCGGCCCUUGACGCGGAGGGCAACGUGUCUCCAUCUUCAGCCAAGCCUGAAGAUGAUCUGAUGCAGAUGGGCGAGGCGAGGAGAAUCACAAACGUCCUCUAG